AUGGCGGCGAGGAAUGGCACCGUAGUGACAGAGUUCUUCCUUAGUGCAUUCACCGAAUGCCCUGAGUGGAGGCUUCCUCUCUUCCUGGUAUUUUUCAGUUUUUACCUACUCACUCUGCUGGGGAAUGCAGGAAUGAUCAUCCUGAUCCGCAAGGAUCGCCGGCUCUGCACCCCGAUGUACUUCUUCCUCAGCCACCUCUCCCUCGUGGACGUCUGCUACUCGUCUGUCACCGUCCCUCAGAUGCUGGCCGUGCUGUGGGAGCACGGGGCAGCUUUACCCUACGCACGCUGUGCGGCCCAGUUCUUCCUCUUCACCUUCUUUGCCUCCCUUGACUGCUACCUCCUGGCCCUCAUGGCCUAUGACCGCUACGUGGCCGUGUGCCGACCCCUGCUUUACGUCACCGUCAUGACGCAGAAGGCCUGCUGGGGCUUGGCGGCCGGGGCUUAUGUCGCUGGUUUCUGCAGUGCGUUGGUGCGGACGGUCACCGCCUUCAGUCUGUCCUUCUGUGGGGACAAUGAGAUCAACUUCAUUUUCUGUGACCUCCCUCCUCUGUUAAAGCUGACCUGUGGGGACAGCUACCCCCAGGAGGUGGUGAUCAUUGUGUUUGCCAUCUUAUUACUUCCAGUAGCUAUUUUGUAGAUUUCAUUGAACUUUCUACAUAGACCAUUAUGCAUUUCUCUUGCAUUUGUGUUUCUUACUCCUAGACAAUAG